GCUCCCAGCGCGACGGCAAACCUGGGGCGCUGCGGUGAAGACCCUUGGCUGCUAGCCCGCGAGAUCAGCGGCGUGCGACCCGUGCAGACAAAAGGCGCUGCUUCCCCAGACUUCAUCUGCCCAGCGCCGCCUGAUAGUAAUAUCCCGCGCCGCCCGCCGACGUCACCCUCGCAGGAUCGGGAGGCAGCGUGUGCAUCUUCGUAUGCGGCGCCCGGCACCCGCGAAGCAUGUUCGACAUUGACGCCCAGUUCUGCCCACGGAACCCGCGACCGCGUUAGCAAGUAGCAGCCCGGCCGGCGAGACGAUGCGCCUGCUGCGACUCGGCGCACAACCCCCAUCAUGGUCCACGAGGCUCUCGAGCCCUCGCGCGCGCCCGCAGUCCUCGCCGUCACCGCAGCCACCCUCGCCUGCUGCUCCGUCUUCGUCUUCUUCCGUCUGGUCUCGCGCUUCGCCGUCGUCAAGAAGCCCGGCUGGGACGACUACACCAUUAUCCUCGCCUGGAUCCUAGCCUUUGGCACAUCCUUCUCCAUCUGCUGGGGCACCACCAAGGGCUUCGGCAGGCACCAGGAUACCAUCCCCGAGAAUGAGCUGACCCCGAUGAACAAGGCUGCUUAUGCCUUCUCGGUGCUCUAUAACCCGGCCCUGAUGGCCACCAAGUCUUCCAUCCUCGUCUUCUACCUCACCUUGUCCAAGACCCACAAGGUCUUCCGAUGGGCCACCAUUUCGACCCUGGUCGUCGUCAACGUCGGCGGCCUGGCCCUGACUCUCCUCAACAUCUUCCAAUGCGACCCCGUGUCCGCAGCCUUCUAUACGCCAAUUGAGCCGCCGCACACGUGUAUCAACAUCGUCACCAUAUACCUCUCUUCGGCGCCGCUUAACAUCAUCACUGAUCUGGCCAUCUUCUUCCUGCCUAUGCCUCUCUUGACUGGUAUGCGGCUACCCAGGAAGCAGAAGGUCAUACUGGUCAUCACCUUUGGUUUUGGCAUCUUCGUCGCCGUGGUCGACGUGGUUCGCAUCUACUAUCUGCAAGAUGCGCAGCGAAACAACCUCCGUGCCAAAGCGGACGGCGCAGGAGGGGCCCACUCGUCGGAUUUGCGCAAUGACAGUGACUUUUCUUGGUAUGCGGCAUUUUCCUCCAUGUGGAGCGCUGUCGAGAUUAACACUGGCAUCAUGUGCGCCUGUGUGCCCGCAUUGAAGCCCUUGGUCAAACGCUUUCUUCCGAAAUGGGUUCUUGAUCAGACGUCCAUGGACAGGUCAGGUAGCAGAACGAGCGACAGCGUGGUCAUCCCAACCAACAUCACGGCCGCAACAAGACGUUCAAAUCCACAGAGCGCCCCAGUGUCGCCCACCACUUCGAAGCCGCCUCCUGCGCUUGGCGGCGCCGGUGGACCCAUGGGCAUGAUGGACUUCUUGACCACCCCAGACAUGAAUGAGAUGCCCGAGAUGUACCGCAAUGAAACGUAUGCGACCACCACCCGCGCACGAAGAGGCUCUGCUGCAUAUUUCGACUUUGUAGACAUGCAGAAGAAGAAGAACAUCACGCUAAGGACCAACGAGGAGGCCGUGUAUCCCGUCGCCAUGGUCACCAUUCUGUUCUUUAUCUGGGGUUUCGCAUACGGACUCUUGGAUACACUAAACUCCCAAUUCCAGGUAGUGGCCCAGAUGACCGACGGCCAAACUGUCGGUCAACACAGCGCCUACUAUCUUGGAUACAUCAUCGCUCCCUUUACGUUUGGCAGGAUUGUGUUCCGCCGCUGGGGAUUCAAGGCCUGCUACAUUGUCGGGCUUAUGGUCUACGCUUGUGGCACGCUCGUCUUCUGGCCUUCUGCGGUCCUCACGUCUUUUCCUGCCUUCCUCAUCUCCAACUUCAUUGUCGGCAUGGGCCUCUCAACUCUAGAGCUCAGUGCUAACCCUUUCAUUGCGCUCUGCGGUCCGCCCGAAUACGCAGAAGCAAGGCUCAGCAUGUCGCAGGGCAUACAAGCUAUUGGCACAAUCGUCUCGCCGCUGCUCGCAAAGAAGGUCCUCUUCAAAGCAUCGGCCGAUAGCUUGAUCGAUGUACAAUGGGCCUAUCUUGGCAUCUCCUUCUUCACAAUCAUGCUCGCCGUCGCCUUCUUUUACGUCCCACUACCGGACGCUACGGACGAGGAACUCGAGAAUGCGACAUCCAGGAUGCCAAUUCCACGCGAUGCUACCGUUGGAUCUUCCAACGUGCGCGUUGUCUGGGUUUCCCUUGCCCUGGGUGUCUUCUCCAUGUUCUGCUAUGUGGGUGGCCAGGAAGGAACAUCGACCUCGUUCGCCGAGUACCUCACGCGCGUUGCACCUUCGCUGGACACUGCAAACUUCCAAGCCAUCGAGCACACUGGCUUUGCCGCUUCGCGCCUCAUGGCAGCGUUCUUGUGCAUAUGGAUUAAACCGCGCUUUCUGCUCGCUUUCUUCUUCGCCGGCGUCAUCUCCUUUGCUGCUGCUGCCAUGUCCGGAGGUACCGGUGGGACCUGGGCCGCUGUUGUUGUCAUGGGCAAGUUUUUCGAAGGCCCUCUCUUCCCCAUCAUAUACGCACAGUCGCUUCGCGGGCUAGGCAAACACACCAAAGAUGCAGCGGUGUUGCUCACGGCGGCUAUUGGUGGCGGAGGUGUCUGGCCACCAAUCAUGUAUGCGGUGGCCAAGUCCACGGACGUGCAGUUCGCGUACUGCGUUGUUGUCGCAGCGUAUGUGGCUGGGGCGGUCUUUCCUCUAUGGACCAAUGGGCCUGUGUCAGCAGCCCGUAAGAUAGCAGAUCCUGUUCGCGAUGAACAGACAAGAAGAGAAUCAGAGAUCGAGAGGGAACGACGAGAAAGCAUGGGUAUGAGCGAGAAACACAGAAGAUGGAGCAAGUUCAAACAUCGGUGGAGCAAAGACAAAGACCAGCUUCCGAGCGUUGAGCACAGGGAGCACGGGAGCUGGCCGGACGCAAUGGUGCCGCCAGCUGUACAGGCGUUUCGGCAAGAGACUUCGCAACGCCGCGAAAGCUUGCAUGUCGAGACGCCGGUGUUUCUCAGCUCGAGUAACUCGAUAUCCAGUGAUCCGGUCACAGAGGAGGUGACGAGCGAGAAAACGAGCCCGGCGAAGCUUCGACGCGACAGCUCUCAAGCCAGGAGACCCGCACUCCGGAGCGAAACGAGCUCACCAUCGAGCUCAGCAUCCAGCUCUUCGAUAUCAUCUUCGUCAGAUUCAGAAGAAGCUGUCGAUCUAAGGGCUGAAGUUUUUAGCCGCCCUGACACAGCAUACGCGAGCCCCACCAGAGCUCUGGACGAUCCAUCGAUAGGAUGGGCUGGUUGAGCUGUAGGACUAUUUUGGCAUGAGCAGCUACACAGGGUAGUUUGCUCCCGGCGUACGGGCAUGAUCUCACGAACCAUGUAAGCGCGGCGUUUGGAUGGACAUUUUCUCGGACUACCCAUGGGCACUCGGAUUGCAUAUACCGACACUUAGGCAGAGUGGAUCGGCAUUGACUGGGAGGCUUUUUGAUUUUUGGGCUCUUUGAUACCUCAGUGUUCGCACUGCUUUGCU